CGCCGUGUCAAGUUAUCACAUGCACUGCUGACUGUAGCUUUCAAUGAAGCGAAGCAUGCGUACUGUGGGCUUUGUCUGCUUCGAGUCGUACUCUUAGCCAUCGCAUUUGAAACGGCGAUCAAAACUAUUACAGCUCGAUAAAAAGCGAUCAGUUUGGGGGCUGCUAACCGCGAAUUUUUUCUAUCUUCGGAGGAAGACUACUCUAAAAGAGGUGCAGGAUUGGAAAGGCAUGGAAUUUCUACGGCCGUUCUUCGGCAUUCCGUCUAACACGUUCUUCACCCAUUUUUGUUUUGUCUGUUUCUUUUUAUUGUGGCCACUCCUUGUUGUUGCAGAACGACACCAAGAGCCUGAGUGUGGUGGUGACAUCAAUCUCAAUAGAACAACUUUCUCUCUCUCAUCACCGGAGUAUCCCGGUUCUUUGCCUCGUCACUUUGAAUGUUUAUGGAGGGUGAGGAAUCCUAGAGGAUUGGCAGUAGUUGUUCAAGCUAUUAAUCUUGAUUUUGGAUCAGAGAUCAAAGAUGACUGCAAAAAUGGCGUGCUAGAAAUUUUUAACGGUUGUGGUUCCGAGCGCUUUCUAGUUGAAAAGAUUUGUCAACGGCACAAAACUAGCCAAGACGGACUCUUGUGGGUCUCAUCAGGGUCUUGCGUUACAAUAAAGUUCUCUUCAGGCAAGCACAAAGACAACAAAUUUCUUCUAAGUGUGGCAGAGAGUGCAGCUUCUUGUGGAGAUAUAUUGAAAAACAACGACAAUAAUAAUCAAACUUUUGAAGGAAGACUGCCUGCACACCCUGGAGGAAGCAACAAAUGUGUAUGGAUCAUUGUUGUACAGACGGGCAUUAUUGAGUUGGCAUUCAAAGACAGAUUUCAAGUUACGAGCCUUUCCCAGGACUGCAAGGAGAAUUAUGUUCAAGUUCAGGAUGGCAGAUACAGUGCUUCACCUGUUCUUGGAAGAUUUUGUGGAACAUCAAGGCCAUACCCUGUGUAUUCAUCAGGGAAAUACUUAAGAGUAACACUACACAGAAGUAGGACUGGUAUCACCUCUAAGCAUUCCUUCAAGGCACAGUACACUGUUGUUGACAGUACUCCAGCAUCCAAAUCCAGUUACUGCGGUCAUGAUGUUAUCUUGGGGCCAGGUGAUGGACGAUUUUCAACACCGCGAUACCCGGAACAAUAUCUCCCUGAUCUUACGUGUAUAUGGAAAAUAGAGGUUGACAGUAAGAACAAGAUUAUCCUCAGAUUUCAGGAGUUUGAUGUGGAGGGGGAUUCACAGGUAUGUCCAGAUGACUCCGACCAUGCUAAAGUGUUCAAUGGCUUGGCCAGCUGGUCCCCGGUGAUUGGCCGAUAUUGUGGCCGAGUCAUCCCGUCCACCAUCAAAUCGAAGACAAACAAGCUCCGAAUAGAGUUCCGAUCCAACAGACAAUAUGCGGGCCGGGGGUUUGAGGCAGUGUUCAGUGUCCAAAGCGAAAAACCAGACGGAGAAACAAGGAAUCACUUUACCGGAAUAAUGAUUGGUGCGACUUGUGGUGUCGUUUUCAUCGUGCUCAGUAUUCUGGCCGUGUUCCACACUCGCAAGUUGCGGCGCCAACGAGCUCAGAGCCGGAUAUCAGAAGUGGCCAGCACUGCUUCUUUCGACGUCCAUCACGUUAAUGCCCCGCCAUCUUAUGAUUUAGUUAUGGCUUCUCCUGAUCUUUUCCCCUCAAAGGAACGUCAGCAGUCACGUGGUUACUCUGGCGUUCCACACCUUCAUCGAGAAAUCAGCCACUUACUGGGGGACCCAGAGUCGGAUGACGAAGAUCUACCUCCUUAUCCGGGACUUCCCGGCAGGGAUGGAGUAGUGGAAUUUUGUUUCGGUCAACCUUCUGAUGAGAGAAGAAGGUCUCACUCGAAAGAACGUCAUGUAUCCGAAUCGGAACAACCUUCGUGCCAGAUUUCAGCGGUUUGGUACCGACGCUGGCCGACGGAUGCGUCAACGUCGCCAAAUGUUCGGAACCUCGAGUCCGCUUCGGAAAAUGAAGUGACAACGCUUGAGAGACAGGACUCGAAAGAAACGGUGCAACCUGUAUUCCAUCGAAUGGACACGACUAGUAGUUUUGUGACAGAUGUGUAAUUCUUACUGGAGUGGAGAAGUUUAUAUCAGCAUGAAUGAAGAACCUUCAAGAUUGAAGAGAAUAUCUCUCUUUCAAACAAAUAUAUCGAACUCAGAUGCUCUACGUCUCGAGUAUUUCCAGUGAUUAUUACACUAUGACCCAGGCAAUCAAAGGUCCUUUGAAUAAUAGCAAAGAGCAAAGUGCUUUCCACUUAGCACAGUAGGUUAUAUAAUUUGAAUCGCUUUGAAAUUAGUUAAGUUUGCGCUGUAGAAUAUUUCGAACUAUUUCGAAUAGCCUAUGGCCUUUUCAGGCUCUAUUUUACAAUCGACAAAAUUUUGUGUUUGUAGUAUCAUGCUAGCUUGAUAUUAAUUUUACCAUUCUACUAGGAACUUAAACGGUUUUAAAUAGGCUCGUGUUGAAAUUCUGCCAAGGGAUUCUGUAAUGGCAACUCCUUAGGCUAGAAUGUAAAAGAAGGCGGCAAACUCGGAGACGAGAAGGAAAAGAAAACGGUACCCAACCCUGCUUGGAAGGGAAAGGUCGUCAGCUUCUAUCAUCAGAGGACUGGAAAAAAAAACUUUCCCACAUUCCCACCAGUGUCUUGUACAACAAGAAAAUAUAGCUUUUUGUCGUCGUCGUUUUCGGUGUUUUUUGGUUCGUUUUUGCUUACUCUGCGCGUUUUCUCGUCCUUUUUUUUUUUUAAGCUGAAGUUUGUUCGCAGGAUGCAUCUCUUUGAAAUGCUCAUAUGCACGAAGGUUCUUCAUCGCCGCCUGACAGAGGAAGGUUUUGAUCCCCAUUAACUCACUAAAGCUCCUGAUUUAUGAGCGCUUUGGUUUUAAAUUAUGUGUGGAAGCUGAAGAGAGAUCUUUUAAUUUAUAGAGGAUGUAGCAAGGACGUGAGUCCUUUCAUUUUUGGCUUUUAUUACCCAUAUUGCCAUGAAAUGCCUCCCGGUUUGAAGCAUUCAGAAGGACAUAUAUCUCAUUAAAAUUAUUAUUAUUAAAUCAGAUAUAACACUGUAUGAGACAAUUUUAUGUCCGGACUUUAGCGAUUUCCCUUAAUUGGGGAUUGAUUAUCAAUUUUUAUCAAAAAUAAACUAUCAACAACAAAGAUUUUUAUACGAUGAAUAUAUGCGAGGAUCGUGCAUCAUACGUAAAGAUUCUUAUAAUUUAAGAGAGACAAAGUUAUUUCGAUGAAAAAUUAUUUACAAAAUAUUAUUAUUACAGUGGCUUAUCAAGAUGAAAUUUGUAUUUUUUGGGCUGUAAAUAAACUCCGCUCAACAUA